UACAACAGUAGUUACAGUAUAAGAUACUCGCGCAAACUGUAAUUAAUAUAUAUUGAAAUACAUACGAUAAGUGAUAGAAACUGGAUUCUAGAAAGAAAAUAAGUGCUUCCCCAAAUAAUACAAAGUGAACAUAUCAUCACGUACAUUCAAGUUGAACCGCAAUUAUUGAUGAUGCAGUUUUGGAGUAAACAACAAUUUUUUCAUCUAAAUUAUUGAUUCAAAACCUCAGCAAGGCACAAGUUUAUUGCUUUAAAAUAGUACAAAAAAAGGACUGCUCGCAUGAGGCUUAAUCUAUUAUUUUAUCUUGAAAAGGAAGAAGUAUCCUGAUAGUAUUUGUUUUCAAAUAUUUAAGCUACAGGAGAAUCAAAUUUGCCAAAAUGUUUGGUUUCAAAUUACCUGAUUUCAAAAAAGAUUAUCAUAGGUUAAAACGAGAUCUCAGACAGAUUCUGAGACCUUAUUAUUUAAUUAAUAUCUUCCUUAGCGUGUCUUACAUAAUUGCUAAAAAAUUACCUUAUUUUUGUUAUUUUGUAUUUUCUGAAACUGACUGUGAAAUUGAUACAAGGGAAGCUGAGAUCUUAUUUUUCUUAAUGAUAGUCAUAAUGCUUAGAACAAAGAAAUCUGGGAGUGUAAAUAUGAUCAGUUAUCUUUCAUCAAGCUUUGUGUAUACCAAAGUGGCCAAUUUAAUUCUUUGGUUUUAUGCUGACAUACAUUUAGGAAUUUUGUAUGGAAUAAUUUUUCUCUUAUGUGGAUUGAUACUCCCGGAACCAACUUAUCAGGGUCCAGAAAAUGUGAUUUAUUUGCGAGGAGCAAAUAGUUUGCAAGAAGAAUUGGAACGUGAUACUAGAAUUUGCUGGUUAAUUACAUUUUACACUGCUUGGAAUCCUGCAUGUGUGAAUUUUGCACCUAUCUUUUCAGAAUUGUCAGCAAAAUAUGCUCUAGACAAUUUCAAAUUUGGCAAAGUAGAUAUUGGAAGAUAUCCUGAUGCUGCAGCAAAAUAUCAUAUCAAUGAUUCUAGUAAAAGCCAACAACUGCCAACUUUGAUACUUUUUAAGGGAGGAAAAGAAGUUGAAAGAAGGCCUUAUGCUGAUCGACAAGGCAAAAUAGUCAAGUUCCUUUUUUCAAUGGAUAAUAUCAAAGAUGCAUUUGACUUGAAAGGUGUCUAUGAUCAUUGCCAGAAAAACCCAAUCAAAAAGAAAGAUAAGAAACCAACAAAAUCUGAUUAAAAGUAUUUUUAACCAAUGAUAUUGUAAAAUGUAGUGUAAUUAGAAUUCACUUGACAGUGAUGUAAAAGUUUAUAUUGUCGAGUUAUUUCAACUGAUUUCACAAAUUAUGAUUUCUGUAAAAAUUAUAAUUCUUUUGGAAGAUUUAAUUAUAUAUUUAAAAAUGCAUGAAUAUUUUUUUGCCAAAUAUUGAUCUUCUACUUGAAGUUAUAGCUGAUUUCACAGUUGGAUAAUUCUAAAUUUUGUGCAAUUUCUAAUUAUUAAAUCAAGGAUAGAACGUUUUGUUAGGUGAAAGUACGAACAGAGUAGAUUUAUAGGUUUAUAAGCUAAUUUUAGCAGAACCAGUUAAAAAGCAAUUUGUUACAUAUGGUUUAAAUGAUUAGCAUGUGUUAUUAAUCUAAAUUUGUGUAGUACAUAGCUAAAAUAGAUUGAUUCAAUCAAUCUUAUUAGUGGAAGAAUCUUCAGUAGUUUACAAAUUUAUAAAUUAGAAAAGAUACAAUUUUAUUAAGACUGUUAUUAUUACUAGUUAUAACGUCAACAGCAUUAGCUACUAUCCAAAAAAAGAAAUAGAAUUAGAAAAAGCAAGGCGAUAAUCAAAUCAAUGAAUUAGAAGUUAUACAUGAAAUUGAAUUCUUAUUAAUGAGUGAACAAGAAUUAUUAAUAAAGUUUUUUGCAUCUAUUUUUCAAAUUCAUAAAAAUAUCAUUAAAUAAUGUUAACUCAGAUAUUAAAGUAUAUAUAUAAUAUUCAAUUUUUUGUGAUCAGUAUUAACAUAAAGCAAUAAUUGCAUUCAAUAAUUUUGAAAUAAGAUUUUAGAUAGACAUCUAAACUAAGUAUUUUUGACUUAACUUUUUAUGUAACGCAUUACCCUAAAUUAUUUGCAUGUUUAAUGAUUAAAAAUACAUGCGAAUUAGCAAUUACUUGACAAUAUUUAUUAUAUAUUUAUUCGUACAAUUAGUUAACUUAAGCAUCGCCUUGCUUCUUUUAAGAUUUAAUUUUAAUGCUGUUUUUAUUCAAAGAUAUGUACAUGGAUCAUUACCGACCUUUCGAAAUGAAUCAUUUGCACAAUUAAUCUUUACAGUGCGAUAUAAGCUCAAUUAUGAAAUUACAAGAGUGCAUUUUUAUAUACAUUGUUUGUCUUUAAUAAAAUAAUAUAAUGGACUA